GGUGGAGACCGCGUGAGCGCGCAUUUUCUAAUGUCUGUGCUGGACACUAUUACAUAAAAAGCAGAUUUGCACAUUACAGAAAAAUCAGAGCAAAGCCAACCAGGAUGAGCUGGAAAUGAUUUUCUGAAAGCUUCAUUGUGGACAAGUUUUGUAGAUUUUGCAUGGCAUCCAGGACUGAUGCACAACACAAAGAGAUGGCCUCUCAAGAAAUCAUGAUUUUGCGCGUUAUUCUCACAGAAGCUGAUAUCAGAAAAGUCACACUGACUUCAAAGCCAUGUUCAGUUGAAGAUUUGAUCAACUGUCUCAGAAACACUCUUGGACUGAACUAUAAUUUUACAUUGCAGUUUCGAGAUCCUUUCUUUGAUCAUGAAUUUUGCAAUGUAACUGCUUUGGAAGAGCUCCCUGAGAAGCCAACAGUAAAAAUUAUCCCAGUGCUUGAAUUGGUGUCAGUGGCAGAAGAUGAAAUGCAGUCAUCAAGUGAAAUAUCGAGUAAUGCUCCAAGUACUGCAGAUACAGUACUGAUUUCUGAAUCACCCCAGAAAAAGAAAAUGCCAUGGCCUGAUAUCUUCUUGAUUCCGAAAUUUUCGGUCGACGUUGAAUUCAGGCUGCGUCAGGCCAAUUUAAUCUACUUGAAGGAUGGAACGCAUCUAAAAAUGACAAAAGAACUGAAACAUGACAUUCUUCAGAAACUUGCUGAAACCAUAUACUCCUUCAAAGCAUACCCAUCUGCUGACGAUUUAAAAGGUGUUGCAAAGGCAUUGGUGAAUACCCACCCCUGCCUUCAAGAACCAGGAUCGCCUUCUGGACACUGUGGGUGGACAAACAGUUUGAAAGACAAAAUGGGAAAUUACAGAUCCAAAAUGAGAAGCCUUGGGCACACAGAUGUCACAGUUAAUGCAGGAAAAAGAGGAAGAUACUCUACUAGCAGUGAUCCACCUAACAAGAACAUAAAAAAACCAAGGAAAGGAGAGGUCAACUAUCUACCUAACCUUCCAAGUGGUCAUGAUACUUCCAGUCUUGAGUUGCUCAGACAGCAGUUGGCAGAUGAAACGAAGAAAAAAAAACCUGAUGCUACCUUCAUUAAUCAGAAUAUGGAUGUGACUCUGUCUUUAAGAAGACAGGAAGUUGUGAUCAACAAGCCUCCUGUAAGCCAGAUACUUCAGCGUUGGCCAGCACUUUUCACUGAAAGUCAGGUGUAUCAAGAAUUCAACCGAAUAGUUGGGAAGAAUCUGAAGCAAGAAUUCUAUGGGUCUCUUGAUCAUCACUGCCCACAGCUGAUUCAGAUCUUCAGGUCAAAGAGAGGUCUCACUGGACAGAUUUUAAGCAGUCUUCUGCUAGAUGCCAAGGCCUCUGACCUCAGUGACAUGCGAUGUGUUGUCGUUCGAGGGCUUCCAGUACUUCUUGGUGAUGACCCAUCUGAGUUUUUCAAAUCAUGUUUUGCUUCUGAUGAUGGAGACUCAUACCAACAUGUGCCCGUUGGAAUCCUUAACCGGGAAAAUGAAGAUGCUCUGCAACCCCUGUCCUUCCGCCUCCACCCAUCCUCAGUGGGAAUCAUCUUGGAAGGGAAUGUUGUAAUGGACAAUAUAGACAACAUACCCCAGGCCAUGUGUCUUCUUUUUGGUUUAACUUAUGCACUGCACCUAGACUACCCAAAGUGCAUGGGCAAUACCCUUCUUUUCAUUCAACAAGUUCUGCUGGGUUUGGGUAAGAAGGAGCUGAAGGGUAAGAUUCUGGCUGUCAAAAAUCAACUUGCCAUGUAAACAGGUACAGAAAAGUCAUGUUCCUUCAGGCUUGCUGUUCUGCUGUAACUGUGAUGGAAAAGUGUAAAACUUUGCCUUAGUGUUUGGCAAGUGUUAAUGUUCUAUAAUGAUACGGUGUAAUGUAGGAUUGUCACAAUACUGGAAUUCGAUACCAAUUGGUACUGAAAUUUAAAAAAUGUUCAUUCCCGCUUACAUUCAAGUGCUGUUGAGCGUGUUGUUAAACAGCACUGAUUUGCCAUUGUGUUCACAUGCUCAACAGAAAUGACUGUGAAGGUGUUCGGUUCACCUAACUCACCACUUUUUAUUGAGCGUAAACCCAGAUACAGGGAUACUGGAGUGUUUAAAGUCAAGUUAAUCAGCUGUCUAUAAGCUGACAAGCGAUCCGCUGAUGAAUUAUGGCUUUAAAACGCUCAUGGGUCCCUGUAUCUGUGUUUACACUCAGUAAACAGCAGUAAGUUCAGUGAUCCGAUGACCACAGCCAUUCACAGUCAUUUCUGUGGAGCACGUAAACACAAUGGCAAAUCAGUACUGCUUAAGAAUGUGCUUAACAGUGCUCAAAUGUUAGCGGGAAAUAGACUUUUUUUUUUUUUAACUUCAGUACCGAUUGGUAUUGAAUUCCAGUAUUGUAAAAACCCUUGAUAUACUGUGGUUGUUUAAUAUUUAAAUAUGUUUGUAAAAACAGUUUAAAAGGUUUUAAAUAAUUGUUUUAAUACGAUUUAUAGUAAUAAAUGAGUAAUUGUUAUACAAGGCAUUUUCUUGUUUUGUCACUUGUUUUUAAAAGUGAUAUUUCUAAGUGAUUUCAAAUAAAUUGUAAAGUAAAUCU